UAGACCUCUGGUUUUCAAGAGUGGAAAAAGAACACAGAGCUUUCAGAUGUUCACUGAAGUUGCUCUGAUCAAGAGAGAAAAAUGAAGAGGUUUCUGAAUGCACUUAAUGCUGGAGAGGAAACAACAGUGGACCCCGAGGACACACCUGAAGUGUGUGUCCAGGGCACAGAACUGGCUCUGGUUCAACCCGCAGAGGUUCCUCAGGACCAGGUCACGGAUUCUGUGACUCCGGCUGACGAGAAGAUGCAGAAGCUUGUGGUGUGCAGUACUCAGCUGGAGGAGAGCAUGAGGGAGCUGGAGGAACUACUCUGUGAGGCAUGCAGAGAUGACUUGGAAAGCAAGAGUUCCAUAGCAAAACUUGAGGAGAAACACCAGAAGGCUGAGAAGACCAUUGCUCAGCUGGAGGCGGAGAAGGCGAUCCUGACCAACCAGGUGGAGAAACUCCAAGGAACAUUGCAGAACAUGGGGAACAUGCUCACUGAGACUCACAGGGAGUGUGAUGAGCUAACAGAUGAGUAUGAGCGAGAACAGGAGGCUCACAGUAUCCUCCAGAAAGAGAACGAUGAGAUGAAGGAGACUCUGACGCAAAAGGAGGAGUUACUACAGGUCUCAUUGGCUGAAGCUGAGGAGAAAUACCAGAAGGCUGAGGAGUCCAUUGCUCAGCUGGAGGUGGAGAAGGCGAACCUGACCAACCAGGUGGAGAAACUGCAAGAAAAAGUGCAGAACAUAGAGAACAUGCUCACUGAGAGUCGCAGGGAGUGUGAAGCACUAACAAACGAGCUUGAGAUGAAGAACAAUGACAUGAAGCAGACUCUGAUGGAAAAAGAGGAAUUACUGAAGACUCCCUGCCAGAAACUAAGGAGCAACACCAGAAGGCUGUUUCAGAGGCAAAGGCAGAGAUCUACGUCCUGACUAAUCAAAUAAAGACCCUGAUACAGCGGGGGAAAUAAGUAUUGGACGCAUCAACACUUUUUUCACAUUUUGUUUUCAGAUUUUUGAUAUUUAAUAAAAAAUAAAUAAUGAAAUCAUGUGUAAAUAUUGCCAUGAAUUUCACUACUGAAUGGGCUCAUACACAAAAUAUACCAUAAUUUAAAGCUCAAUAACAUUUGAAGGGAAUGAUGUACAGUCACAAAACCAACUGUAAAGUGUUCGACUACAUGUCAGCUAUAACACAGACUUUUAGAUUUCUGAUAUUUAACCCUAUAAUGCAUGAACCAAAAAACCUACACAAACUGACAUUUUUGGUAACUGAGCGCAAUUUUUUGAAAACUAUGCAUAGAGAACUGUGUACAGUUUAUUUUAUGUAUGUACAUGUUUUGACAGAUUGUGGAUGGGAGCCAAAGAAAUUCAACAGUAUUUACACCAUUUCCAGUCAACUUUUUGAGCCCUGUUGAACUGCUUCUCUGACAUGGAAAGGUAUGCCACAUGGAUAAUUGU